CCCGUUUCCACCCAGAGAGGUGCAUCAUUGUGGAAUUAGGGUUUUGAAUUCGGUGGGCGAGAGAGGCAGAGAUCAGGGAAUCAUGGGUGGAGGUAAUGCUCAGAAGUCCAAGAUGGCCCGUGAAAAGAACUUGGAGAAAGCUAAAGCUGCCGGCAAGGGAAGUCAGCUUGAAGCCAACAAGAAAGCUAUGAGCAUCCAGUGCAAGGUAUGCAUGCAAACUUUCAUUUGCACAACAUCAGAGGUGAAAUGUAGGGAACAUGCUGAAGCAAAACAUCCGAAAGCUGACGUGAAUGCUUGUUUCCCGCAUCUGAAGAAAUGAUGACGCUGUGUUUUCUUUGUGGUUGAAACAGUAUGUCUAUAAUAUCAUCAUCAUCAUCAUCAUGUGUGGCAUGUUAUCAUCAUUUUAUGUGUUUGAAAUGUUAGUAAAAGGAAGGACACCUGAUUCCAUGGUUUAAAUAAUAUGCAUAUAAUAUAUAUAUCUAAUGACUGUUUAGUUCUGGC